GAGAAAACCAACAUAGAAGGGACCUUGUUUGUGUACAAAAGGUCAGCUUCUCCUUAUCAUGGUUUUACGAUAGUGAAUCGACUGAACAUGCACAACCUGGUUGAACCAGUAAAUAAAGAUCUGGAGUUUCAGCUCCAUGAACCUUUUCUUCUCUACAGAAAUGCUAACUUGUCAAUUUACAGUAUCUGGUUUUACGACAAGAAUGACUGUCAUCGAAUAGCAAAACUCAUGGCUAAAGUGGUAGAACAAGAAGCUCAGAGAUCACAGCAAGUUUCCCAGGACAGAAAAAGUCCUACCAGAACCAAUGGCUGCAGUGAAAACAAGCCCAUUGACAUCCUGGAAAUGCUUAGUAAAGCCAAGGAUGAAUAUGAAAGAAAUCAGAAUAAUGAUUUAAGUAUUAUAUCAAGUUCUGGAACGCAACAAAAUGCAAAUCCUCCAAAGGCAGAAAGCACAGAGCCUUCAGAACAGAAAACUUCAUUACAAGUGCAAGAGCAGCCAAGGCAAAAGCAUCUGACUUUGGAGGAACUGUUUGGAACCUCUGUAUCAAAGGAACAACCAGUAGCUCCGUAUCCCAAUCCUGAGAGAAUGGACAAGUUGCAGACUGAUGCCUCUGCCAGAGAGCAGCACAAUUUGCUCUUGCCUUUUUCCUUUGAUCAGUCAGCAGUAAUACAACAAUCACUAGGGAAAUCUGAAAGUCCAAACGUUAAAACCAGUGCCAAUCCUUUGAAUCAGCAAGAAUGUUUAACACCUAUGCUGAUACCUCCAGUUUCCCAGCCUGAUGUAAAAAAUGUUUCAAGCUAUUCAGUUCGUUUAAGCCCUAUUCUUAAUUCAGCUUCAACAAUGGAAGCUGCUCCUGCUCAGAUGCUUCCUGGCCUCAAAGCAAGCAACAGCAUAAUGCAAGUUAUGCAGCAAGCUGCCAAGCAGAUAUCCCCACUAGUGAAUCAGCCGCCAUCUGAAGUGAACCACGGUCCACAAAAUCUAAUGGCUGGCCAAAGUCAGCUUACAGCACCCUUGACAUCAGCAAAUACAGGAACUGUCUCAAAUACAUCCCAUACAAGUGUUGAUCUUCUCCAGAAACUCAGGUUGACCCCACAGCAUGACCAAAUGCAACAGCAGUCUCUCACUAAGACUUCCUUAACGCCAAACAUCGCUGCCUCGGUUGGCCAACUUGCAACACCAGAGAGCUUCAAAGAAUCUCACAGUAAGCCAUCAACCUUGAACAGCAAGAUAACCUCUCCCCUUCAGCCUGUACAACAAAGCAAGGAAUCAGAAAUAUUUCCACAGCCGAAAACUUUGUCUAAAGCAAGUCAAGUUGCACCUCCACAGUUUGUUACAGCCACAACUACAGUAACACCUUCAAUCCUCUUGUCUCCCAGUGUUUUUCAGCAAUCAGCUACAAAACCUACUGAAAUGGAGAAUAAAGCCAAUUCUUCUUCGCCUUUGACACUUGGAACAACAGACAUUCAGACUAUACCUCCUACUGUUCUCACUAGGUCUCAGCUUCAAGAAGCACUGGUACAUCUAAUAAAGAAUGAUUCCCGUUUUCUCAGCACUAUACAUGAAGUCUACUUGCAAGUCCUAACCAAGAGUACGGACAACAUUAAGCUAUAA